GCAGCAGCAACAGCAGCAGCAACAGCAGCAGCGGGAACUAACGGAUCGGGAUCAUCAACCUUUAACUACGAGGCGGAAUGCCCUCCCGACAGGGAGAUCCUUGGCCGGGCGACUUGGACAUUCCUGCACACGAUGGCGGCCUAUUACCCUGAGAAACCGAACACGCAGGAGCAAUCGACUAUGAAGUCGCUGUUGAGUUCAUUCUCUCAGUUCUAUCCAUGCGGACAUUGUGCAGAACAUUUGCAGCAGGAGAUGAAGGUCGAUCCGCCCAAGGUCGAAAGUCGGAAGGAAUUAGCCUGGUGGAUGUGUGGGAUGCAUAACAAGGUCAAUGAAAUGCUGGGAAAGGAUAGCUUUGAUUGUAAUAAGCUGGAUGAGCGAUGGAGGGAUGGACCGGCCGAUGGACGAUGCGAUUGAGUGAGAGAGUAUUUUAGAAGUGUUUGCAGGAGUAGAAGCAGGAGCAGGAGCAAUUGAAGGCGGAGGAACGGUAUAUACAGCAUUUAGAUUGAUAUCCGCCCACAUAGACAAACAUUUUUACAUGUGCAGAUGUGCAGUUGUUCAGCUUGUAUUAUGGUUUUAUUCGUCUAAUGGGCGCUGUAUGUGUUGGAGUUCAAAAGUGAGUUGUGAAUUAGUUGAAUACAUGGGAGCCAUCUCUAAUGGUCCUCUUCAUCCUGGGCAGGAUAGUCCUCCUCGAUUAGCCUCUCAAAGAGAGAGAGCGCGCUCUUGACACCGAGCACAACGCCCUCAUCCGGUCCCAUACCAGGGGUCCAAGUCGAGUGUCCAAAGUCAAUCAACCUCAUAUCCGUAACCUUUUGCGAAAUCUCCUCAUCCUCAUCAUCCUCAUCAUCC